CGCCAUCGAUCAAUAAGUAUGCCAGACAGCCCAACGAUCGGAAAACCCAUCAAGUGCAAAGCUGCUGUUUGUUGGGGAGCAGGAGAGCCUCUAAAGAUUGAAGAGGUUCAAGUCUCGCCACCUCGAGCUCACGAAGUCAGAAUCCAGAUUCUAUACACCGGCAUCUGCCAUACUGAUGAAUAUACGCGCAGUGGCAAGGAUCCCGAGGGCAUCUUUCCCGUCAUCCUCGGCCACGAAGGAGGAGGAGUAGUGGAAUCUGUGGGAGAAGGUGUUACAAACGUUUCUGUCGGUGACCAUGUCAUUCCCCUGUACACAGCGGAGUGUCGUGAAUGCAAGUUUUGCAAGAGCGGCAAGACAAACCUUUGUGGAAAAGUUCGAGCCACACAAGGGAAAGGUCUAAUGCCCGACAGCACUAGUCGCUUCACGGUCAACGGCCAACCUAUUCAUCACUUCAUGGGUACAUCCACCUUUUCCCAGUACACAGUCGUCGCGGACGUCUCAGUCGUCGCCGUGAACACUGUGGCUCCUCUCGAAAAGGUUUGCUUACUUGGAUGUGGCAUUACCACUGCAUGGGGCGCCGUUACGAAGCAACAAGGAAUCAAGGGUUCCACUGUUGCAGUAUUCGGCUGCGGCGCGAUUGGUCUGGGCGUUAUAUCUACGUCUGCCGUGGUUGGAACUAGCCGCAUCAUCGCGGUCGACACCAACCCUGCUAAGAAAUCAUGGGCCGAGAAGUUCGGUGCCACCGAGUUUGUCAAUCCAACCGAACUACCAGAGGGCACCAAAAUUCAAGAUCAUCUCGUAAACAUCACUGAUGGAGGUCUCGAUUUUACAUUUGACUGCACCGGAAAUGUUCAAGUCAUGAGAGCCGCUCUUGAGGCGUGUCACAAGGGCUGGGGCGUAUCUACAGUAAUCGGCGUGGCUGCUGCUGGACAAGAAAUAUCGACCCGACCUUUCCAGCUUGUGACUGGUCGCACAUGGCGUGGAACCGCCUUUGGGGGCGUCAAAGGCAGGACUGAAAUUCCUGGGCUGGUAGACGAUUAUCUCAGUGGUACAUUGAAGAUCGACGAAUAUGUCACACAUCAAAGGAGUCUUGCAGGCAUUAACGAAGGCUUCCAUGACAUGCAUUCGGGCGAAUGUAUUCGUUGCGUCGUGGAUAUGUCAUAGGACGAUGAAAGUGAAGCGUUGUAGCAUGUAUGAGAAUAUGAUCCGGCCAUAAAAUCCAUGAGUAGAUGGUCGUAAAUGACAUUGAAAUAUGCAAAGCU